UUACUUGUCAGACUGGGUGUGUCCCAGCGAGACGACACGGGAUCACGUGACCCAAAGGAAGCCGAGCCUUCCGCGACUGUGUGACGGUGUUUCUCCCGCAAACUCGUGAAAGUUUUUGCUGUGUUGUAAGAGGAGCUAGCGAACAGGCCGCAGUCCACUCUCUUCAGAGCUCAGCAAUUCAAGGAAACCAAAGUGACGAUGGCCAACCAGCUACAGCAGCUCGUAGCAGAGAAGAAGGACAUGGUUGAGACUGUGAUGGAGGUCUUUGAACAGGGGGCUGAAGUGGUGGCCAGCAUCGCGGGAGACCUCUUCCCAGUCUUCGCCAUUGCUGCUCCCAUUGUCAAGCUCGCUCUGGACAACGUGGAGAGCAAAGAGGCCGUGUUCAUGAAGGAGCAGUUUCAAAAGGUCCGUGAGCGCCUCGAGGUGGUCUCAGAAGAAAUUAAGCGCAUCAAUGAUGAGGUCAAGAAGAGCGGAGCAGAUUCCGCCUAUUUCUCUGUGGAGGAAAACAUCACAAACCAGUUCCGGAAGUACAUGGACAUCCUCAACGCCAAACCAAAGUUCCGAGAGGUCAAGAAGAAGACUUUUCUGGAUCAUUUUGCCCAAACCGGCGGCGAUAAAAACCUGAACACCCUCUACAAUGCUGUGACCGGUGAGAACUUCUCCGGAGAGUCCGUGCUGGAGAUCACUCUGAACUUCGAGCAGAAAAGCCGACGGCCAGUGGAGGAUUUCUGUGCCAGGCUGAAGAAGCUGUUCUGCAUCGGGCUCAUCGCCUUGCUGGGUCACGCUGCUCUCAAGGGCUAUGAUGAGGAGGAGGUACUCCUCAAAGACUGGGGGGAGAAGAUGAAGAUCGUCCAGGAAAAAAUGAAUGCUGUUAUUCUGGAAUGUGUAGAGGGAUUCCCUAAACAAGCUGAGCUGGAUUCACGUCGGCUGGUUCGUGACCAGCCAAACUUGAGCCACCAGCAGCUCGCUGAUGCUCUCAUAGAAAGCCUCAAGAAGAAGUACGACUGGGUGGGCUGGUCAGUGCGAGUAUUCAAGUCGCCCAGUGGCCUCUUCGCCCAGAGGAAAGAGUUCCACAGUGCGACAGGAAAGAGUCGCUUCCAGGUCCCUUCAUCGGACGAGAAACUGAACGUGGUGGUGUCUUACAGCUCGUCCCCUGAGCCGCUCGACAAGAACCACAUACAGCAGGUGAUCCUCAGCCAAAAGAAACUUGCAGUGGUCGGUCUCAGCGAGCUCCUGUUCGAGAAGAUGCCUGGUGACUGUGUCGUCCACACGGUGAAGACCAGUAAAGAUCUGGCCUGUUCCUGGAGCUUCACUGAGGAGCUUCACUACUGGGUGGAGCAUAAAAACAUCUACGUCUGUGUUCACUCAGCGUGAAUAGCCAAAACGUCGCUGAAUCUUAAAGACGGCACUUCAAAUUUCUACUUCUGAUGUUCAUAAUUGUUAUUGAAAUUACUCAUUAUCAUGUCGUCUGACCAUUGCUGUCGUUAAUAUUCUUUCUGCUAAGCGGCUUUUGAGCUAACUUUUGUCAGUGAGGACAUAUUCAAUCUGGUUAGGUGGAGUUAAUUUCCAGUACAGGAUGCGUAGGUUUUCGACGUUUGCUGUCUUGGAACUCAAGAGUGGGUGAAUACAUGAAACAUCCUCCAUCAAACAAGAAACUAAACAGGGAGUUUCACUUUAUUCACUCGGCAAAACAGUCUGAAACAAAUGUAUGGGGAUAGGGUUUUUUAAAAAAAAAUAAAAUCAGCUGCAAUAGACACUCUUAGUUCAGAGUGAAGACCUUUUCAUGCUAUCCAUGAUCAUGGAGGAUCUCUUUCAUCCAGGCUAGGAUACUGUAGGUAGGAUUUAAAUAUGGUAACUGGACAUAGGUUUGGAUCAUGAAAAGAUCGACUGAAAAGGCCACUAAUAUUGCACUUUAUUGUCUUAGUUUUGAAUAAAAGGGGUAUCCUUUUCGUCACUGUCAGUUAAUCUAACUGCCCUUUUGACGUCCAUGUUCAGCCCCAGAUGUUGUCUUUUGUCUUCACAUUUACAUUCCAGAAGGAGGCAUAGGAGCAAACUCAACUGGUACCUUUAAAGGUUAUUGAGGCUGUGGGAACAUGCCAGGGCGGAGUGACAGCCGGUCUGUUUACAUACCAACGUGCUUUGUUGCUGUUGUGUCACAUCUGUGCUGCCAGGCAACAUGAACGGCCCCAGAAUGAUCUUGAGUUUUCGGUGGAUGUUAUCAGUUUAAUAGGAUGUUCUCACUACGUUUUAGCUCAGCCCAUCACCCUUCGUUGUGAAAGUUGAUUGUCCAUAUAUUACUGAGCUGUGUUUCUACAGAUGUAGUGCAGAGUUUUAUAUCUCUUUAUAGCUAAAACCUUAAAUAAAGGUGAAAACAACA